AUGGCGCCGCACAAACGCAAGUCCUCGGCAGCAGCGCAACCAGCAGCACACGCCAAGAAGCUCCUUCGGGGACAUGUCGAGUCGCGAGGCUUCUCGGGUGGGGACGAUCGGGUGCCUAGUGUCGUUACUCCAUCUGGAGACGAGGAGGGGACGCACGAGCAAGGGAAGGGGGACGGAAAAGGAAAGAAUAAAGGAAAAGGGAAGGAGGCCGAGAGAGUGCCUACGCCUCUGGCUGCGGAUGCUCGGAUUGGGUCGGCUCGGGCCUUGCAUGCUAGGACUACGAGAGGCGCGCCAGACGCAGACUCAGCUACACCCGCGACCAACCGCUACCCGGCCGGAAAUGACAGCGAUGUGGACGAUAUGGAGGGAGGGAGAGAUCUAGGAGGAGGAGCAGGCGCAGGAGCAGUGGGUGACGUCGAAGACUCCAACCCAGAUGACGGGUCCGAUUCCGAGAGCGACAACCAGGACGAAGGAUACUAUCCCCAAUACGACAUCCCCGGCAGAGGCACGCGCUUGUGCGGUGCUCCUACCAGGGCCGGUGGUACCUGCAAGAACCGGGUGAGGAGCAAUGGCCGCGCGCCCUUUGGGUGUCACAUUGCAACUCAUAGGGACUAUCGGCCUCAGGGGACGGAGCUGCCGGGUGCGGCGAGUGGGGACGGGACGGACUCGGAGAGCUCGCAUUCUUCGGAUGGUGGGGAUGUUGGUACUGCGGGCCGCGCUGGUGGAGGUUCCGACGGAGGAGAUGACAAUUGA